AUGGUCACUGCCACCCUCGCGAGCAUCAACCGCUCACUGUGCCGCCGGAGAAUCAGUCGCCAGCCGCACCUGCGCGUCUUUCGCUCGCUUGCCCUUGCCCUCCCACCACCGGUUAACGGAGAAUUCGCAAGGCAGCAGCUAGUGGUUAUAUCCUCAUGCCUAUUAUUGAACCGCGCCGACCGAGCCAUAUCUAGUCCGCCGUCCGGUCCUCGCUUCCACACUUCCAUCCUGCACCCAGAUCUCAGCAAACGCCCGACAUCGUUAACGAUAGCUCGCUGA